AUGUUAAUAAAAAAAUUAAAAGAGCAUAUUCUGAUUACAAUUGAAGAUUAUACCAAUCAGAGAUACAUAGCUUAACAUAAUCAAAUGAUUCUUGAGAAUAUAUGGCCUGCUUUUAUUAAUUUAGUCAAAAUAUAUGCUAUAAUUGGGCUAGUAUACAUUAUAGUUUACAAUUCAUUGUACUUUUAAAGUUUCAACACAUAAUUAACUACCUAUUAUUUAUAUAUCUGUUUUGUUGGAGUUUUAUUAUUGGUGUAUAUAGUCGGAAAUAUUAUUACACAUUUAAAGGAAUAGCAUCGUUUAACACUAAUCAAUUUGACUUUCAUACUGAUUGAGACAUCUUUUUAAUUAUUUUUAACAGAAAUCUUUAUAUCUAAUGAAUCUGAUGGUAAGAUCUUAACGAUAUGUUAAAUGUUUAUUAAUUUGUUAUUGAUACUAGGUAUAGUAAGAACGAUUAAAUUAAGAAUUGUUUUAUUACUGAAAUUUUACAUAUAUUUUGCUAUCAGAAAUAUCACAUUUCAUUUUAAAUCUUUACAAACCCUCAAUAUUAUAAUAUUCAUAAUAAUGAUACUCUAUUUUUGGGAUUAACAAUUAAUUAGUCUUAGUAAAGUCUCAUAAUUUGCUGAUUAAACUUUGAGAAGCAUACCAAGUGCAGUGUGUGUCCUUGAUUCUUAUAGCAAAGAUGUUCUAUUUACAAAUAGUUUCACAAAAAAAAUGAUGCAUUAAUUUAAUAAUGGAGUGUUGACUGGAACUAAAUCACUUAAUGUAUUUUAAAAUUAGAACUUGUCUUCUUAAGAAUCCUUUAUUACUUCCUCAUUAAAUGAGAUUAUUUAGUUUUUUGAAGGACUUUAUUUGAAUACAUAACAAUUACAAGAAUAAUUUAAUAUAGAGAGUCAGAAUAAAUUUGAAGAAUUUAAAGAUACAAAUUAUUUACAUUAAAUUAAUUUAAAUUAAGCUCUUGAAAUAAUUAAUAAUGUUGAAAGUUUGUCAAAUGGAAACAUUUAUUUAUUGUAAUGUUAAUAUGAGAAUAGUUAAAUAUCUGAAUAUCCAGCUAUGAUUGAAGUCAGAAUAAAAACAAGGCUCCAAUAUGGAAUGAAUAAGAAUGCAAUUCUAUUAAAUUUCUAUGAUAUUUCCCCUAAUUUCAAAUCAUCCUACUACAAAAAUCUUAAUAGGUUCAAAAGUUAGGUAAUUAGAUCAAUUUCUCAUGAACUUAGAACUAGAUUGAAUGUUAUAUAAGGUUUUCUUGAAGUAAUCUAAUAUAAAAGUUAAUUAUUUGAUAAAGAAACAAAUAAAUUAAUAAGAGCAGCCUUCAAUAACUGUAGAAUACAAAACCUAAUAAUAAAUUCUAUAAUAGACUACAACUUGGUUCGAGAAAAGAAGUUAGUUACUAAAAUAUAAAAAUGUAAAUUAAUUUAAGUUGUUUAAGAAACAAUAGAUUUAUUUUAGGAAGAAGCUGACUUAAAAGAUGUUAAAAUAGUUUUCUUUAAAUUAAUUAAUUAAACCUAAUAUGAGAUGUUAGAUUAUGAAAAAUUAUAAAGUAUUUUAAUCCAUAUCAUUUCCAACAGUUUGAAAUUUAAUAAAUCAAAUGGUUAAAUAUUUAUCACUCUCAGUAAAGAAAGUUAAGAUAAACAUAUAUAAAAUUCAAAAGAAUAUGAAAAAAAAUUAAUAUCAUCGAAUCCUUCUCAACAUUUUAAAAGCUCUUUAGAUAUAAAUGAAAGCUCUUUUCAUUUUCCAUUAAGAAAGAAUACUAUUUUUAAGUAAUAUAUAAAUCCAAGUAGUCAAUUUUCAAAUAACAAUCAACAUACUAAUACUAAUAAUUAUGAUUAUUAUUUAAUUGAAAUUAAAGAUAAUGGAAAUGGGAUCAAUCAAUAAAAAUUAGAAUCAAUAUAAAAUCUAUUGAAAAAUGAAGAAGAAUUUUUUGAAGAGUAGAAUUCAGAUGCAGCUUCAGGGAUUAUGCUUGGUUUAAGAGCAUCGAAUACUUUAAUUAAAUUUUUAGGAGAAAAAGAGGAAGAAAACUAUAUUACAAUAGAUUCGAUUGUUAAUUAAGGAACCACUGUUUGUAUACAUUUAAAAUGUAAAAUAACAUAGUUAACAGAAUUUAUGGCUAGCGAUUUAUAUAAUAGAGAAGGUUCUUAAAUUUAAGUGGAAGGAGAGGUGGCAGAUUUUGAUAGUUUUAGUCACAAAUAUAAUGUUUGGACUGAUCCAGAAAGUAGUAGUCGAACUAAUAUUUUUCAUAAAGUUAAGAGAUCUCCUUAACUAAUUUUUAACUUUUAAAAUAGCAACCUAACUAAUAAUAAUAAAAAGGGAAGUAAUUAGUUUUAUUCUGGAGGUAAUCUUCCAAGUCUCAAUAGAAAUAGUGGUGGAAGUAGGAUAUUACUUUAGUCAACGCCAUGUAAUUGCGAUUAAAAAAUUGUAAUAGUAGAUGAUGAACCUUAUAAUUUACUUGUCUUAGAAUCUUUAUUGAAAUAAUUAGGGUAUCAUUCAAUCAAAACUGAUAAUGGUUAGUAAUGUCUAGAAUUAAUAGAGAAAAGUAUUUCAUAAUUUGAAGAACAUAAAUGUUAAGGAUAUAAGGCUAUCAUUAUGGAUUAUUAAAUGCCUAUUAUGAAUGGGUAAGAAGCAACAAAAUAACUUUUAUUUUUGUUUAGAGAGCAACCAAAAUUCAAUAUUCCAAUUUUUGGAUUGACAGGAUUUUCUGGAGAAGAUGAUUUAAUUAAUUUAUUGAAUGCUGGAAUGAAGGAUGUCUAUAUAAAGCCAAUUACUUUAAAGAAUUUAGAAGAAAUAAUCAGUAGUAUAUCUAUUAGUGAAAAUAAAGAAACUUCACAUUUUUCUUCGAAAUAAAUACAUUGUCUUGAAUUAGAUUAUGCAGAUGACGAAGAAAAAUUCGUAAAUGAAUGA